AUGGCAAAGUCAAUUGCACGGGGAAUGAGUAGACUCCGAAGAAUCUUCGAAGACAGACACGGCAAGUCUGUGGGCCACAAGAUCCGUGAUGCCAUUCAGGCUGUUUCGCUGGCCGUGCAUCCUUACUUGAAGAAAGUGGUUCCGAAUUUUAGGGCAGCCCACUACGUCUAUAUCAUCUUCAUGACCUUUUUGGGUUCAGUGAUUGUGUAUCCGAUUGCUGAUUUUGCAUACAUUGACAUUCUAUUCCUCAUGUCUGGUGCUGCUACACAAGCGGGGCUUAAUACUGUCAACUUGAACGAGCUACGGCUUCUGCAGCAGAUAUUCGUCUACAUUUUCACUACCUUGUGUACGCCCAUAUUUAUUCACAGCUCCUUGCUUUUCAUUAGACUUUUCUGGUUUGAGCGCCAGUUUGACAAUAUUAACGAGUCUUCCAAGUUGGACCAUAAGAUGAGAAAGAAUGCUACUUUGGCUGCAAGGUCAAACACUCGAGAUUCAACUAGGAUGAACACCGCAACAAACCAAGAGCUUGGCCUAGAUCACCGUGGACUGCCCACAAAAGAGGUCUCGUCAAGUUCGUCACCUGCAUCAUCAAACAUAGAGAAAGCUGCCGAAUUGACGCCAGCUGAUCCCCAUGAUCCAAAGGCCACUGACGGCCAUGCCAUCCAUUUCGGUAAUCUACCGCAUCCUUCGAAGAGAAGAGCAGAAGUUGAUCCAUCUGAUAUGUACAAAUCUAUUGCCAUGUUACAAAACAAACAUACGAGAAAGUCCAGUUUCAACGAUGAAGACGUUUUGGUUAUCAAAUCUCCAAAGGAAAUUGAAAGAGAUAACAGCACACCGAUCUUUACCAAAAAGCGUCUGAUCUCAUUUUCUCCAUCAAAUGCUAGAAAAUGGAGUUUAAGAAAACGGAGAAGCAGAGGAAAUUGGGCCAAACUCAAGAAGACGAUCUCCAAUACCUCUUCGGCCAGGAGGAAAAGAAAGGGGAAGGAUAAGAUACCCAAGUCCGAGGAAGACGAUAAUGCAUCUAUCGAUAGUGAAACGCAUGAUCAAUCUCAGUCAAAACGGCAUACCGCAAAGUUCGUUGACGCUAUGGAGAACAACAGAAGUAAGGUGGACUUUGACGAUGCCGAAGGUGAAACUGAUGUCGGCCAUGAUGAUACUGGUUUAUUAACUGGCGACGAUUCCUUUGACGAUGAUGACCAUGACGAUGACGAUGACGAUGAUAAUGGAGAUGUUGAUGAUGACGAUGACGAUGACGAUGACGAUGAUGAUGACGACGACGACGAUGACGACGACGAUGAUGACGAUGAUGUGUUGAAUGAUGACCUCAGUCUUAAUAGUAACGCAAUCGCUGAUUCAGAUGACGAGUUCCAGGAUCCAUUGGAUACCAGACGCCCUGUGGCUGGGACGUCUGGCUCAGACACCGUGAAUGGAACCGGAGUUCCCAAAGACAGGGUGACAAAGUUUUCAGAACCUGAAAGGGUGCCUCGUGCUCGAAAGUCACAUCGCAGAAGGGCAAUCAGAAGAUGGAGAACACCGCUUUUAAAGUUGACUAAUUCGAACACACAGCGGUCCGGUCAUAAUGCUGAUCAUUCUAAUGACAAUGACAGUGAUGAAGAGCUGGACGAUCUGGAUGAUGACAACCGUUUAACGAAGCAAAUGAGCACCAACUAUCUUUCGUGGACGCCAACUGUCGGAAGAAACUCCACUUUCGUUCAUCUUACUGAAGAACAGAAGAAUGAGCUUGGCGGUGUGGAAUACAGAGCUAUUAAGCUUUUGCUCAAGAUUUUAGCUGCUUACUACAUCGGGUUCCAUGUCAUGGCUUUUUGUAUGUUGAUCGGGUUCAUCAAAGUUGAUGAUGCAAAGGCUGCAGAAAUGAGAUCAUUUGGCUUUUCACCAAUUUGGUGGGCAUUUUUUACAGCCCAGUCAACUUUUAAUGAUUUGGGGUUGACUAUUACACCUAACUCCAUGUCCAGCUUCAAUGAGUCCCCUUACGUUCUCAUCGUCUGUUCAUUCUUCAUUGUGAUUGGCAACACGGGUUUCCCCAUCUUGCUUCGAUUCAUUAUCUGGGUUUUGUUCAAAAUUGCAAGGCCCAUGUCGUUGAUUAAGGAAUCGCUCGGUUUCCUUCUUGAUCAUCCAAGAAGAUGCUUUACACUUCUUUUCCCAUCAAUUCCCACGUGGUGGCUUUUUAUCAUCUUGGUGGUGUUGAAUGCUGUUGAUUUGAUCUUGUUUGUUAUUCUUGAUAUGGACAGCUCAUUUCUCAGCUCAACACCUAAGGGGCUUAGAGUCUUGGAUGGUUUAUUUCAAGCUUUCAGUACCCGUACAGCUGGAUUUAGCUGUAUCGAUUUAUCCCAGUUGCAUCCCGCAGUUCAAGUCAGUUACAUGAUCAUGAUGUAUAUCUCCGUUCUUCCAUUGGCCAUUUCCAUCAGAAGGACUAACGUUUAUGAAGAACAGUCGUUGGGUAUCUAUCUAAAAGCUAAAGAAGAGAACGAUGACCCCGAGUCGACCCCAAAAAAUUUCAUCGGAGCGCAUUUGAGAAACCAGUUGUCUUUUGACUUGUGGUUUAUCUUUUUGGGAUUAUUUAUCAUCUGCAUCGCAGAGGGAGGACAUCUUCGUGCUAACGAUCUCCGCUUCACUGUUUUUGCGAUCUUGUUUGAAGUCAUCAGUGCAUAUGGUACAGUUGGAUUGUCCUUGGGUUAUCCAAAUGUCAAUCAGUCGCUUACAUACAAGUUCACUACGAUUUCAAAAUUGGUCAUCAUUGCAAUGAUGAUCAGAGGGCGUCAUAGAGGAUUGCCAUAUUCUCUUGAUAGAGCUAUUAUGUUACCCGACAAGAACAUGCGUCGGAGAGAUAAAGUACAAGAACAUCACGCUAUUCAGCGUGCAACAACAUUGGAGUCAGUGCCUACCAGAGACACAUAUCGUGAAGAGGGAGUCUCAGGUGCUGUUCGCGGUUUGAGCAGGGCCAUUUCCAGAAAGGCAGCCUCAUACCGUAGAAACUCUUUAUUCCCUGCUCCCACGAGAUUGGAGACAGAGGAAUUUGAGUUGCAAGGAACAUCAAACGAUAGACGCGCUUGA